UCAAAUUCCAAGAGAAACAUAGAGAGUAGUGAAUUGUACGAAUCAAAACGCUGAAAACAUGAAAUUUCUGAUUUUGUGUGUGUUUGCGUUGUUCGUAACUUGCUUUGCGGGUAAAUUGCGUAAGACUGAUUAUCAUUCGGUUGGCGCAGAUGAAUUCGGAGCGGGCAAUGCCUGGGCUGACGAUGAAUGGGGUGAUGAAGAUUGGCCGAGUGAACCGAUCAAAGAAUGGGAACACAAACCGUUGAAGGGAUGGGAGCCCAAACCGGUCAAAAGUUGGGAUGAACCACUAAUUGUGGAGAAAAAAGUGCCCGUCUACGUUCGAGUGCCCGUUGAACAUGUGCGAACGGUCAUUAAACAUCAUCCCGUGUAUAUCAAAGAGAAAAACUCACCAAGUAUUAUUAUCAGAAAAAUAACGCAUUACAAUAAUCAUCAUCAUUAGGAACGGUCAAAUACGGAAGAAAUCGAAACACAUAUGAUUGUUAGUCAGAAAUUGAAAGUGGACCGAAAUACGGGACAAUAUAUUAUUCUACAGAUCUGUCGAUGAGAAUCGGCCUGGCGCAGACGAUCAGUUUCGCAAGAGAGAAGAAAAAUUAUGCAAACAAUGGACGGCGAGUGAAGUAUAGUAAAUUACAU